AUGAAUUUCCAGUUAAUACAACUGAAAGCAGGUAUUGUAACAAUUCCCGUUUGGAUGGCUUUAAGUUUAGUAGGCGGUUAUGUUUGUGUUAUUGCUGCUAUUUUCCUAGCUUGGGAAAAUCGUUGGUCUUACUUCACUUCUUUUUAUUUUAUUUGUAUUUCUUGUUUAACUAUUGGACUUGGGGAUGUUGUGCCUGAUCACCCUCAUAUGCUUAUUUUAAUGUUUGUUUUUGUUAUUUUUGGUCUUUCAUUUGUUUCAAUGCUUAUUUCUGUUAUUCAAAUAAAAAUGGAAGAAUGGCUAUACAGAAUGCUUAUCAGAAUGCAGAAAGAAUAUCAAAAAGCACUACAAGCAGCAACUGACCCGGAAGAACGUGAAAGAAUACUUGGAGACCUUUUAGCUAAAGAGCCUUGGUAUAUGCGUGAAUUAGCCCCUCUUUGUGUUAGUGAAAAACAAACUGUUAAAUUGGAAAAUUUGGCAGAGCAAUACGAACGUGUUCUUCUCCCCACAAAUACAAGGGGAAUACAAACAGAAUUUAGGCCAACAACAAUAAAAGAAGAAGAAAUUGAAAUAACCGAAGAAGAAGAGGUGGAGGAAAGGAGAAUAAAUGAACAAAAAUUAAAAUCACAAAAUAAAAAUAUUGGGGGUGGUGGUGGAGGUGGACAGUUAAAAAGAACCGACUCUUCCCAAUCAGACAAUUCUGUUUCUGAUGCAACCUCACUUCCAAUGGACCCUUCAAGUAUUACAAUUUCUUCUCCUAUUCCCCCACCUCAAUAUUGUAAAUCUAUACAAACAGAGGAAAUAUUUGAAAAGUUAAAAGACGAAGAAAAGAAAAUAAUACAAAAAGAAAUAGGUGUAAAUACUUUACAAAUUAAAACAAUUUCAAAAGGAACACAAAACAGAAUUGGAACUAAUAAUCAAAGAUUGGAUACUAAAGGAUUAAUUAUUUUUGAAGAAAAAGGAAUUGGGAAUGAAAUAAAUACAAAAUCAAAAUUAGUACAGACUGGAAGAAAAACAAGAAAAGAAGGAAAUAAUGAAGAAGAAGAAGAAGAAGAAGAAGAAGAGGGAAAUGAUGAUAAUGAUUUUUGGUGGUUAGUAGAUAGAAGUUCCCAAAAUUCCCCACCCAUUCUUCACCACUUUGAAUCUCAAACUGAUCCAAUGACCAUUUGUGAUGCAAUUGAAACACUUUUUGGUCCAUCAAUGCAAUUAGAAAGAAGUGAAAGUAUUCAAGUACUUGUAGGGGAUGAUGAAAAUGAGAUGGGGGAAAUGCUUGGGGAAAUAACUAGCAAUCAAGAGAAAAAAGCAGAAAAACAUGAUUUGGUUAUUCAAACAGAUGACAGUUAUUUAAGAAUUGCUCGCCGUUUGGACACUCUUAGAACUGGAAAAUCAGAAACUAAUGUUUUUGCUAAUGUUUAUUGCACGGGUGCUGGAAUACCAAAGAGAGUAAAUACUGGACGGAGAAAAUCUCUUCGAUUUUUAGAGCCUGCUAGUGAUUUUAUGAGGGAAAAGUUUGGAUGGCAUACAAGCAAUAAAACCGAAGAGGAGAAGAAAGAUAAUGAGGAAAGUGAAGAAAAACAAGAGGAAAAAGAACAGGGGACUUAUGAUGAGAAUGUUGAACGUAAAAUAUCUUCACCUACUAAUAGCCAAGAUCAAUUCAAAGUAACAAGAAAAAGGAUAAGAAAACACGUCCAACUGCCGCCUGAAGAGGAGGACAUUAACAAAAAUAAUGAAUGA